CUCGGCACUGCUCCAUUACAGCAGUACUACAGUAGUACCAGGGUAAUACUGUAGUAAUACUACAGUUCCGCUUUCCGCGCCGAGUGCAACAGAAACCACCAGAGACCUGCAGAAAUGGCUCCGAUUGAACUCACCUACUUUCCAGUUAGAGGGCGCGGCAAUGCCAUGAAGCUCAUCAUGUACGACCAGGGCGUGGAGUGGACUGACAAAGUGGUCACCAUUGAAGAGUGGAUGAAAGGGGACCUCAAGAAGACCUGUUUGUUUGGCCAGCUGCCCAAACUGAAGGAUGGAGACCUAGUCCUGUACCAGUCCAACGCUAUUUUGAGACAUCUGGCUCGCAAGCAUGGGCUUUAUGGGAAAGAUGGCAAGGAGGCUGCUCUCAUUGACAUGAUGAACGACAGCAUUGAAGACCUUCGAGUCAAAUACCUCCGCAUGAUUUAUCAAGAAUACGAAACUGGUAAAGAAAAGUACAUCAAGGAGCUUCCUGGACACCUCUGCUAUUUUGAAGCAAUUCUGGCGAAAUGCCCAUCAGGAUUUCUGGUUGGGGACAAGAUCUCCUUUGCAGACUACAACCUGUAUGAUUUCCUUGUCGUCCAGAAGAUCCUCUGCUGCAAGUGCCUGGACAACUUUCCUUCCUUGAAGGGCUAUGUAGACAAGAUAGGUUCGCGACCCAAAGUGAAAGCCUUCAUGGAGUCAGACAGCUGCACGAAGCUGCCUGUCAAUGGCAACGGCAAGCAGUAAAAUUCCCAGCGUUGGGCCAGUGGGAUG